AUGUCUGAAGAGAAGCUUCCCCAGCCCGUCAGCGCGGGCAACGCUCACCAUGGCCACGCUCACUCCUCGACACGCCGCCGCCGUUUCACAAAGCGCCAAAUGCUCCUCGAAGUGCUCAAGGGCGUCCUCAUCGCCAUCCUGCUCCUCUUCCCGAGCUCCACCAUCUCUUACGCCUCGGACCUCUCCAACGGCGUGUGGCACUGGCCCUGGACGCCAAAACACGUCAAGACCAACGUCAUCCUCAUGAUCAGCGACGGCUACGGUCCCGCCUCGGUCGCUUUCACCCGCCACUUUGCCCAGGCGCUCAACGGCGACAACGACUACGACAGCCCCUUCCAGCUCCCGCUUGACACCAUACUCGUCGGCACACACCGCUCCCGAUCCUCCUCCUCCCUCAUCACCGACUCGGCUGCAGGUGCCACCGCAUUCUCCUGCGCAAAGAAGUCGUACAACGGCGCCAUCGGCGUCACACCCGACGGCAAGCCGUGCGGAACCGUAUUCGAGGCGGCAAAGCGCAAGGGUCUCCUCACCGGUGUCGUCGUCACCUCGCGCCUCACAGACGCUACUCCCGCCGCCUUCAUCUCGCACGCCGCCUCGCGUGCGGAAGAGGCGCUCAUCGCCUCCCAGCUCGUCGGAGGGCCCAAGAACCCGCUCGGCGAACGCACGCUCGACCUCGCCAUCGGAGGCGGCGGCUGCGCCUUCCUUCCUAACACCACCGCCAGCUCGUGCAGGCAAGACGACGAGGACACCGUGCAGCUCGCCGCCCAGCUCGGCUGGGACGUGCGCGUCGGCUUCCCCACCAACACCUCGUUCAGCCCCGAGGGCGCAGACGUGUUUAGCACCAAGCACGGUCGCGAGCCAACGCUGCCCUUUAUGGCGCUUCUGUCCGCAGGCAACACGCCGUACGAGAUCGAUCGUCUCAACGCGCCGCAACCGCUGCCCCUCAAGCCGCUCAAGCACUAUGCGUCCAAGGCGCUCGAGCUGCUCAGCGAGUCCGAGCAGAACACGGACGGAUUCGUGCUCAUGAUCGAGGGCUCCCAGAUCGACCUGUGUGCGCACAACAACGAUCCGGCCUGCCACGCACGCGAGGCCAUCGCCUACCACGACACCAUCCACCUCGUCAAGCAGUGGGUGCGGAAGCACACUUCGCGCACCGAACGCACCAUCCUCAUCUCCACCUCGGACCACGAGACCGGCGGCGUCACGCUCGGCAGGCAGCUCACGCCCGACUACCCCAACUACGCCUACUACCCGCAGCGGCUGCUCAAUGCCAAGCACUCGACGCCCAUCCUCACUGCUGUGCUCAUCGACUUUGUGCGCACCGAGGUGGCCAAGGCACACGGUGGCGCGCAUGCGAGCGAGAAGCGCGUGCGCGACUUCAUCCGACACUCCAUCCUUGGUGCCUCGGGUCUUGGGCUCGAAUCCGACACCCAAGGAGGUCCGCCUACGGACGACGAGGUGGAAGCCGUCUUUGCUGUAGUCAAGGAGGAGAUUCUCUCGCGCCGACACGAGGAGCUGGACGAGGUUGCGGCCGCUGCCGACUUGAUUCGCUUGGUUGGAUCCACUGCGCAUGCAGACGCGCUGCACGCACUAGGCCCCGUACCAGGCGUCAACCUCGACGGCAUCCGUCGCGCCAUCUCGGACGUCGCCGCACGCAGGGCCGAAAUCGGCUUCUCCACCUCCGGCCACACGGGCAUCGACAUCAACGUCUACGCCCACGGCGACCCCACCACCGUCCACAAACUCGCAGGCAACCAGGACAACACCAACAUCGGCACCAUCAUCCAGGAAUUCCUCGGCUUAGACUUGGACGCCGUCACUCGCGACCUCAACAAGUAG